CAGCUGGGCGGUGAAAGCCAGGAGGCGGCUGCUGGUUACGAUAUUUCUGCCGUUGGUGCUGUCCUGCGCGGUCUUUUUAGACAAGAACGAGGUCUACGACGUGUUGCAGGAAGUGCGAAGCGAGGGCGGAUUAUCCUGGUGAAAAACGUAGUACCCAGACAAGGGGUGUCAUGCAGAUUUGCACAUGUUGAAUGAACACUAUUUGCAAUACCGUACCUCCCUCCUAUGCCCCAUGAGAGGCAUUUCUUUUAGUGUUUUGGUCCCUGUAAAAAUGCAGCAACCUACAGGAUAACUAGCAGAUAGCAUUGUGCAGUGCUGGCUUUUCGUCCUGUUCAUGCUAAUAAUUUGUUCGUCUGCACUUCACACUCAAAGUCAAACCGAAGCUCGUGGGUAAUUGCGUGGUUUUUCCUGAGGAUACGGCUCGAGGAGGCAGUUGGGAGACGUCGAAGGCCGCGAGGAGCUGCAGCGGACAGGUGUACUUGA